CAAACAAACCAGAGCGGCGAUGCCGACGACCACAACAACGGCUGUGCCGUCCGCCGGCUACGGCGCGGACGGCAUCUACCGCUCGCCGCGGCCGGUGGCGCCGAUCCAGACGGACCCAAACCUCUCCAUGACGGACCUCCUCUUCCGCCGCGCCGACGCCUGCCCGAGCGCGCUCGCCCUGGUCGACGCCGCCACGGGCCGGUCCCUCACCUUCGCGGCCCUCCGCUCGGCGGUCCGCACGACCGCCGCCGCGCUCGCCACGCGCGCGGGGGUGCGCCCCGGCGACGCAGUGCUCCUCGUCGCACCCAACUGCGUCCUCUACCCGGUCUGCGUCUUCGCCGCCGCGGCGCUCGGCGCCGUCGCCACCACCGCCAACCCGCUCUACACCACGCGGGAGAUCGCCAAGCAGGCCGCCGACGCCCGCGUCAAGCUCCUCAUCACCGUGCCCGACCUCCUCCCCACCGUCACCAGCCUCAACCUCCCCGUCAUCCUCCUCGACUCCGACGACCUCCCCGCCUCCGCCACCCCGAACGUCACCCGCUACUCCGACCUCGUCUCCGGCGUCGACGAGACCGCAUACCGCCGCCCGGCGACAAGGCAGAGCGACACGGCCGCGCUGUUCUACUCCUCGGGCACCACGGGGGAGAGUAAGGGGGUCAUCCUCACGCACCGCAACUUCAUCGCGGCCUCCACCAUGGCCACCUCCGACCAGGACCAGCGCGGGGAGGGCGCCAACGUGUGCCUCUGCUUCGUGCCCAUGUUCCACAUCUUCGGCCUCGCCGUCAUCACCUUCGCCCAGCUGCAGCGAGGCAACACCGUCGUCGUCAUGACCGGCUUCGCCAUGGACGCCGUCAUGCGCGCCGUCGAGCGGUACCGCGUCACCCACCUCUUGUGCGUGCCGCCGGUGAUGAUCGCGCUCGCCAAGCAGGGGAUGAGCGGGAGGCACCAUCUCAGCUCGCUCAGGUUCAUCUUGUCUGCUGCCGCGCCGCUCGGCAAGGACGUCAUGGAGGUCGUGGCCAAAAACUUCCCAAACGCCGACAUUGUGCAGGGCUAUGGUAUGACUGAGACUUGUGGGAUGAUAUCAUUUGAAUUCCCAACAAAUGGGAAGGCUCGUCGAUUUGGGUCAACUGGAGCGCUUGCCAGUGGUGUUGAAGGAAAAGUUGUCGAUGUAGAGACACUAAGACAUCUGCCACCGAAUCAACUAGGAGAAAUUUGUGUACGGGGACCACAUAUAAUGCAAGGGUAUUUCAACAAUGUGCAAGCUACUGACUUCACAAUCAAGCAAGGGUGGUUGCAUACCGGUGAUCUUGGAUACUUUGACGAAGAAGGCCAGCUUUAUGUUGUUGAUAGACUUAAAGAGCUGAUUAAGUACAAAGGUUUCCAGAUUGCACCUGCUGAGCUUGAAGGAUUACUUUUGUCUCAUCCAGAGAUUCUAGAUGCUGUCGUUAUCCCGUUUCCUGAUACUGAAGCAGGCGAAGUUCCUAUUGCCUAUGUUGUGCGAUCACCUUCCAGUUCAUUGAUUGAAGUUGAUGUCCAGAAAUUUAUUGAAAGUCAGGUCGCAUACUACAAAAGGUUGAAGAGGGUUACCUUUGUGGAGAGCGUACCAAAGUCAGCUUCAGGCAAGAUUUUGAGAAGAGAGCUCAUCGCCCAAGUCAGAUCGGAACAAGCCAGAUCAUCCAAGCUAUAGCAAAUCUACUGCAUGAGCAAAUCUUGCUGCUAAAUUUAAAACUUCACAUAUGUGCAAUGUUAGGAGGUUUACAAAUUCCUGAAUCGCAGCUUUCACUUUUGUGCACCAUGUGUGAUGCAACACGAAUGUGAAUCUCAACAUUGUACAGAAGUUUGCUUGUGACAUUGUUCGGCAAAUGUGCCAUUAUGUGCUAUAUAUA